AAACUAUAAAAUAUGUUGUAAGCUCGUUCACUUCGAAGGGAUUGAAUGCUUUCAAAUCAAGGAAUAAACGUGUGGGGAUUUGAGGUUAAGGGAGAAGUGAACAGCAGUGAAGUUGCUUUCGACAAAUUGUGGUUUUGUCGUAAUUCAUUUAUUAAGGCAUGGACAAGUGGGUUAUAAAUAAUUAUAUAGUGCAGAUGCGGCAUAGUGUGUCACAGGCACGUGUUCAUGUAUUAAACAAACUUGUUCGAGAAAUCAGAAAGCUGCAGAACAAAAAAGGAACUGAUGAACAGAAACAAAAAAAUUCUCGAAAAGCAGAGAGGUUAAGACAAGAAGUCAUUUUCAUUAAGAAAUUAGAUCCUGACGAACUUAGCAAGUAUGCACUGCUUUCUACUGAAGAUCCAUUGGAAAUGUUGAGUAAGGUUUCACUAUCAAUAGAAGAACGUUCUAAAGUUCGAUUAGCUGCUCAUAAAAGUAUUAUUCACCAAGUGGAGAUAUUCAGGACAAAGUAUCCAGAAUGGGCAUUAAAACUCCCUCCGUUAUUGGUUCAACUUGGUCUUCAUAUCAAAUACAAGAAAAAGGCUAAGAGCCAGGAAAGUAAUAGUGUUACAGCCAUCUCAAAUAUGACCAGGAACAAUAGGAAUCCAGAAGGAAACUGUGAAACAGAGAACAUGAUUGAGAUGAAAGAUAUCAGUAGUGUUUCAGUUAUCUUAACAGAAAUGAGAGACAAUGAGAAAUCAAAACAAAGAAGUGAAACAGAAAACAAGAUCGUGACUAAAGAGAGUGCCAAUCUAUGUGUAAAGAGAAGCAAAGAAAAAACAAAAGAAAAGAACGAGAAAGAGAGAAAAAGCCCAGAUUCUACAGGUGACAAUCUUGAAAGUGAAUGUCAAGAUGAAACUACUGAAAAUGAAGAUGAAAGUAUGAAUAGUGAAAGUGAAGAUAAAAUUAUUGAAAGUGAAAAUGUAGUUAAAAGCAAACACAAUCCAAGAACAUCCCGGAAAACUGUGAACAGUCUGAACACACCAGAGAAAUUGCAAUCAGCAAGGGAUGAGAUCAGAGUUUUAGGUGACAAGUUUGAAAGGAAGAAGAAGAUUAAUGGAAUUGCAGAGGUGCGCAGGUUUGCCGAUUUGUUGGAAUCGGAUGGAAAUUCGCAAAACGAAUCACCUACUGAGGAAGAUGAAGUUCCUAAUCCCACAAAUUCUGUGAGUGAUCCCUUCUUUUUAACUGAAGAAAACAGUGGUGAAAGUGGUGAUGAACUGAAUUCUAGUGAAGAAGAGGAGGAUGAAGGAAAAAACUCAUUUAGAAAUAGGGACCAAUUUUUCUUUAACACUGGAGAUAAGAGGCCAGGAAGAAGAUUCACAAGAGAAAAAAAUCAGAGUCGGAAUUUCGAGAAAAAAAAUACUACUACUCAAUGGUAUUCUAGAGGUGACCAGAAAGUACCUACUAUGAAUAGAAAACAGAGACGAUUGUUGGAGAAAGGUAGAUCAGAGAUGAAGAAAGGCUCUACCUUUUCUCAGGCUAGCAGUUACUUCCCUAAACGUUUUGAAGAUCCUGGUAGAACAAAAUCAUUGCUGAAUCCAGGUCGGACUAACAAUGAAAGUUGUACAGAGAAACAAGAAGUAUUGCAUCCUUCUUGGGAAGCUAAGAGGAAACAAAGGGAGCAGAUCCUUCCAUUCCAAGGAAAGAAAAUAAAAUUUGAAGAUGAUGAUUGAUGGGUGUUUUAAACAAAUGUAUCGUGUUUAAAUAUAUCAUACAUGAAAAAUGAGUCAUGCUGUGGCCAAUUUGGUGUUUUCCAACCAGAUCACGUAGGACAGAAGGUAGCACUUGAAUGUUUGGCUGAAGCACAAAAUAAUGAUUUGAAAACUAUUUGUGAGAAUCAAGAUCUUUUCCGUACAAAUCGUUUAAAUCUCUUAAGCCACGCUGAAGUGGUUUUGUGCGUAAAGGAAUGCAUUGCCCGAAAAAAUAAUUGGAUAGAUUCUGAUGGUAAUCUUGUGGAACCUGAUAUUGAAGAACAUAUUAAGCAAACAGUAAUAUCCAAAGAUACACUUUGGAGCGUAGGAAUUGUAGACAAAUCUAUAAAGAAGUGUUUGAAAGAAGCUAAAGCAACCGUUACUGCGUUUGAAUCAAAAGGACAGAAACUGAAAUGUAAUCCAUCAGCCCAAGUUUUCCAUCGUUGCCUAUGGAGAAUAUUAGAACUGACUUGCCUAAAGGAACAACAAAAAUCAUCUGUAACGUGCGAUGUUCGUCGAACGGUGUUUGCGCAGGAGGAAGCGCAGAGGCGUAAACUAAUUAAUCAAUGGUUUAAUCUGGAACGACGAUCAGCAACGGCAAAAUGAAGUAAAGUGCAUGAGAAUUCUCAGAAUCUGUUGUAAAGUGACGAAAAUGAUUAAUUGUGGAAUAUAUCAU